GGGGCUGCUCCCGGCAAGGCGGUGCUGGCGUCGUGCGCGCGGGACCGCCCCGGCUCGGAGGCGGGCGCGCCGCGCUCAGCUCCGUGACAGGACCCGGAGGCGGGCGCUCCGGUUGCGCGGAGCCUUGCUGGCGGAAUGAUGUGCUCCUAGCACCCUCGCGGCGUGGCUGAAGUAAAGUGCGAACUCCGGAGGCGCUGAAGUGUUGGAACUGCAACUGGUGGAGGCGCGGCCGAGAACCUCCGCCAGCCCCGCUGUGUGGGCCCGUAGCUGUGAGAGACGCUCCCGGUCCGGGUCCGGUGCGCCUGGGGGUGGCCCCGUGCGUGGGAGCGUUGCCGCGUAAAAAGGAAGAACUGAGGAGAAAACAAGCUAUGAAAGUAUUGGUUAUUGGCCUUGGGGGCGUAACAAAUGGAGGGAAAACAACACUAGCAGAAAAACUUAAGGAUAUGCUCCCCAACUGUGAUAUAAUCUCUCAAGAUGACUUCUUUAAGCCAGAGUCUGAAGUAGAAACAGAUGAACGUGGAUUUAAGCUGUAUGAUGUACUUGAUGCCCUCUAUAUGGAUGAAAUGGUGACAAGUAUUCACAAUUGGAUGAAAAGCCCAGCAAGCUCAGGUGUUGUGACAGAAGAGCCAGAGAAUACAUGUGACAAUCUGAAAAAUGUGUAUAUUUUGAUUGUGGAAGGCUUCCUCCUGUACAAUUAUGAGCCACUUAAUGAACUAUGGAAUCGAAGAUAUUUUUUGACCCUUCCUUAUGAAGAGUGCAAAAGGAGAAGGAGCACCAGAGUCUAUCAGCCAGCAGAUACACCAGGGUACUUCGAUGGACAUGUGUGGCCUAUGUAUUUGAAAUAUAAAAAUGAAUUGGAAGAGAAUGCAAGUAUGCAAGUUGAUUAUUUGGAUGGAACAAAAUCCCAAGAGGAGCUUUUAUCCUAUCUGUAUAGUGAUAUAAUACAGGAAUUAAACAAGCUGAGGGAAGAAAAUCAGCAGGUCACAUCAUGACAUUGUAGAAAGCCUGGGUUCCAUUUGAUAUGACAUUUGAUAUGAGUUGAAAACACCAAGACUGUCAUACGUGGCAAGCCAACCAACUGAGCAAAUGCUGUGUGUAUGACCAUAAUGCUACUUCAUAUAAUACAAGAGAUUUUGUAAGUAAUUGUUAACUCUCUCUCGGGUAUGGAGACACAGACUCCAUUUAGGAGUAUGAAGUGUGUUCUUGAAAUUUCCUUUAAUUGAUCCUGCUUUGGCUGAGCUUUAAAUCUGGUUGAACAUGUACAUUUUAAAGAACAUGAAGAUUUUGUGCAUGAAACUAAACCAUAAAGAUGCACUUCUGUUGGAUUAAUAAGUAUAUCUGAACAUGGAUGAUUGCAAUUUGAAAUGAUCAUUUAGGAAUGACAAUGAUUGCCUCUAAUAUUCUUAGGAGCUUAUUAUCACUGAUAAACAUGCUCAGAGAAACUAGCUGUGUAAGGUAUGUAAGUUUAUGUAAGUUGUUAUGCUGCUUAUUCAGUAACUGAAUACAUCACAGCUAAGCUUAUUUAGACUUGCUAAAUACCUCUCUGAUGUUUGCACUGUAAUUUUUGUGUUGUGUAUUCUUUAGAGAAGUUGGGAAUAGAUGUUAAGAAAAUGAAAACAAACCUGAAGAGGACUCAGAUUGUUGGAAAAAGGUGGGGAAAUAAGAUGUAGAGAAUGGAGAUGCAUCAUUAACAAGAUAUAGUACAUAUAUGUGCAGCGAUUGACUAGGAUGGCACAGACAACUAGAUAAUAAAUCCAUGCGUCAGGGAGAAAGAAGGAAGAAAUAAUUGUUAUUAAUAUUUAUAAUUCACAUUGAAAGUGAAAUGAAACUGAAAUGUUGUGAAUGGAAUGUUCAGAAAGCAGGAAUGCCAGACAAAUGUGAAAGCUUUGAUAUAGAAUUUGUAUAUAUAUAUUUACGCAAACUAGGAAAUUGCAUCAUAUUUUGUUGCUGAAUAAGUAAUGUCUUAACUCUUACAUUUUCUAGACAAUAGGUUACAUUUUUAUGAGCCAGAAUAAAAAUAAAACCACAGACAUGGUAAAAGGAUGGAUUUUAUUGCUUGAUAUGUGACAGCUGAACUGGUCAGUGAUUGAAAUGUAGUACUUGAUAGUAAAAGUCCUAAAUCUAUGUAUAAGAAAAAGAUGUUAUCAGAUUACAGCUGUGUUUAGCUGUGUCUAAAACAAAGUGCUUCCAAAUAUAAUUUUGUAUUAUUAUUUUGCACUAAAAAUUCUUCAUCUUGCAUUUGCUCAUA